AUGCAUCGGGAGAUGUACUCCUCCGUUCUUCUAAGCCGAUUUCUUACAUUGCGGGUUAGACAGAAUCGCCUUUCGAAGCUUCUUAACAGCGAUCGGAUUUCACAAAUUGACGCGUUUGCCAACACAAUAGCAACUCUUCAAGCAGCCAUUGAGACUGCCCUUUCACGAGCCGAGAUCUGUCUUGACUCUAUCGAAGAAUUAGUUACCGAGAAGCCGUUUCACGACCUCCCUGAGUCUCCCGAUCUCAGCCUCGUCGUCCAGUCUCUCGAGGCAGAAGGUGCAGCUGCUGAGCAAAAAGAUAGAAUACAAAAUGCAAGCAAAUUAAUUCCCGACCUACCCUCCAAACCAUGGCCCGCCUCAUUAAUCCACCGAAUUCACAACAUUCCUCCCAAAGCCCCUUUAAUCCUUCCGGCUGCCACUGGAAAACACCCGCCACAAUCAGACGCUCCUGAACCCGCAAACGAAAGACCGGCGCACGCGGUGGCCAAGUCAACAUGCAUUACGUUUCAGGUGAUUGGCAAAGCAUCUAAAACCGGCCACCUUCAGACUGGUGACUUGGAGAAACAUUUCUCGCAGUUUGGCAAAAUCGUCAAGCUUCAUCGUUAUUUAAAUGCGGACAAUACCCCGAGCACCUGUGGUUUUGUCGUGUUCGAAAAGCUUGCUGAAGCUCAGGCGGCUCUGUCUGAGAAGUGCCACGUGCUAGACAAGCACCACCUCAAAUUAGCCUCAUCAAGGCGUGUCCCUUCAGUCUCACAGUCAAAACAAAAGGUUCCAUCGAAGCCCUUAACGCGUCAGCCCAAGCCCUCCAAACGCAUUUUUGUAUUUGGACUUAAAUCAAAGGACCAGAUAUCGGAUGCAAUGCUUGAAGAACAUUUCAGUCAAUUUGGGAAGGUUAAUAAAGUUUUGAAGCCUUUGACCAAUGGCAAGCCUAGUGGGCGUGCCAUAGUUACAUUUGACUCACCUAAGGCCGCUCAGAAGGCACUUGCAAUGCCCCACCAGAACCUUCUUACAUCUGACCUACAAGUAUUUGCCAAAUUCCCAGCCCUUUCAAAACAACUCUCCGCCGCCGCCGCCGCCGUUUGUGCGGCAAAUCCGCCACCCAUGCGGUUCCGUUUGCGUUCCACGUCGGACCUCAGCCUCACCGAUCAUCUGUGCAGUGGGAACCCCGGUGUGGCGAGAGGCCGGGGACUCUACAACACAAGGUUCCCACGUGACCACUCGGUUCAACCCGGUACCGCAACACGCUGUCCGCUGAUUGGUUACUCUCAAUGCUAUUGGGUCCUGUUAACUAAAGGCAAUGCACCGAACUCUGAAGCUUCUGAGAUAUAA